AUGGCGCAUGAACAAGAAGAACCGGAGCAAGCAAACGAUUUGAGGCAGCACACGUCUCGAUCAGAAAAGGAGAAAAGAAAAGAGCAUAAGUCUUUGAAAAACAGCAAACGGAAAAGAUGGUGGAACGUGUGGAAGAAAUGGGAAGGGCAGGACAGUGACUGGUGGUUUGCCAGCACCGGAAUCCCUUUGCUUGCUGCAACUCUCGGUCCACUGGCAAAUGUAAGCUCGAUAGCUGCCCUCGUCACCCCCUGGAGGCAGCAAAACAUCAUCGAUGGCGUCCGAGUCUCGGACUUCGAAGGUGUACCUUUUGGCGACCCGAGAUGGUGCUACUGGAUUAACGUAGCUUCACUCAUCUGCGGGUUUCUUGGAAACCUCUUCCUUCUCCUCAACUUCACACAGAGGAUCCGCUACAUUAUUGCUUUACCUGUUACAGUCGUUCUAUGGUAUCUUUCAUCCGCGUUUCUGAUAGCAAUAACGAUAUGCAUGAACACUUACCAACCACCCAUUCGACCGGAACAAGGGUAUACGCAAGGAUUUUGGUAUGCGAUUGCGGCUGCAGCAUUUUACACCAUCUGUUCCAUGAUUCUCAUGGUCAACAUGCUUGGUUUCUUUCUUGGUCACUAUCCAGAGAACUUCGCAUUGAGCGACAGUCAGAGGACACUCAUAUUACAGACUAUGGCCUUCUUCAUCUGGCUAGGUGGCGGCGCAGCAAUCUUUGCGAAGCUUGAGCAAGAUGCUGGCGAAGACAGUUGGAGGUUCGCCGACGCUCUUUACUUUUGUGACGCAACUAUUCUAACUGUUGGAUUCGGCGACCUGGUACCCACGACCGACGUCACUAGGGGUAUUGUAUUUCCGUACUCUGUGGGCGGUACAAUAACGCUAGCUCUCAUCGUCUCAUCGCUUUACACAGCGGUGCGCGAGCUUGGGGACGAGAAAAUUGUCCAGAAGCAUGUUGAUCGCAUGCGCGAGCGUGUCGCAGAACGUACAGUUACCAAUUCGUUUGAUCUUCGACAUCGUGAGCGCGAAGCUCACCACCUGAUCCGGAAACGUAAACUUGGCUUUCCACGGAUAUCAGCACCCACUGAGCCACGGCCUCUCAGGACGCUUGUAGGCGAACCAGUUCAGCAUACAUCAACUAUUCCCCGUGUUGCUCAUGCUUUUGGUAUAGCCUCCUCUAAACCGAAGAUUAUGCUGUUGAAAGAAGAGAAGGAUCGUUUUGAGGCUAUGCGCAAAAUCCAGGCCGAUUCACAGAAGUUCAAGCGUUGGAUGGCAUUAUUCUGGUCCGUCACUACAUUUUCAAUUCUCUGGUGUGUUGGCGCGGUCGUCUUCUGGGUGACCGAAGAGGAAACGCUGAACUUGACGUACUUCCAGUCACUCUAUUUCUGCUAUGUCAGUCUGUUGACUAUUGGUUAUGGAGACUUGGCACCGAGAUCCAAUUCUGGGCGCUGCUUCUUCGUCAUCUGGAGCUUGAUAGCUGUGCCGACCAUGACCAUUUUGGUUUCGGAUCUAGGGGAUACGGUUGUUGCCAAUUUUAAGAGGUGGAGCGACGAGCUCGCUGACUUUACGGUACUACCUAAAGCAGGUAUCUGGCGUUCUUUCCUGAACAAGCAUCCCUGGCUACUGCGAUGGCUGCAGCAGUGGACAGAGUACCGAGCGAGAAAGAAGAGGCUGAUCAGGGGCUUCAGCAUCGCAGAUCCAAGAUCAGAGGACAGUUCUGCAACCUCCUCUGACCUCCAGAACCGAGAAGACAUUCUGAAUGACCCCGAACAUCGCGAAGAAGCUACCGACUUGGAAUUGACUCGCCACCCUACUGUUCUUGCUCUCGGCAAUGAAGCCGAGACUGACAUCACAAACCCCCCCACCCGGGCCUCUCUUACUCGUCGUCUCGCCCUUUCCAUCCACAAAGUCUCUCUCGAUCUGAAAACCGAUAAAAAACGCUAUACGUAUGAGGAGUGGGUUGAGUUCACGCAACUUAUUCGCUUGACCAGUCCAGAGCGCCUGGACCGUGAUCUUGGAAGCGGUGCAACGACGUUUGAUGAAGAAAACGAAGAAGGCCUAGUCAACUGGGAUUGGAUUGGAGAUGAUAGUCCCAUGGUAUCUGGGAUCAGUGAAAGUGAGUGGCUCAUGAAACGAUUGAUCGAGAGUUUGGUAAGGUUAGAGAGGAGGAAGGAGGUUGCGAGGGGAAACUCCAACAUAGAAGCUAUAAGGGAGAUGGAAACGGAGUAUUGUGGUAGAGAUGGACUGGACGAGCUGCAAAGCUAG